AUGAUCAAUGAAAAUGAAAAUGAGAAGAGACGAAGGAUCGUUAAAACAAAUGAUGUCGGUUUGACGUUUUGUUCACCAAGUGUAAAGUCUCGGAUUAGUCACAAGCAAACAUAUUUGGGUCUAGGACUUCUUGUGAUCGCCGUGCUUUUCGAGUUAGCUGAAGCAACUUCCUUCCUGGAAAUUCUACCAAAUAUGAUUUAUCAAUUACUUUUGAUUUUUGCUGCUGCUUUGCUGUUGUGGAUGGCGCUUUACCACUUGUGCUUCUUAAUUUACCGGAAGAAAAGGGCAAAAAAUUCAGAAGCUUCUUACGUUCGCAAUGAAGGCAACGACAGUGAAAUUAAUUGA